AUGGCGAGCUCGCUGCAGGGUGGGGAGGUGCUCGGGCGGACCGAACCGGCGGCGGGCGGCCAACUCCUCAUCAAUCGGCGGCGCGCACCUUCGGCAUCCCGGCGCCCCUCCCCACCACGGCUUGCGGCCGCAGCUCCGGCAUCCCGACGCCCCUCCCAACCAUGGCCCGCGGCGGCGCCCCUCCAUGGCCCGACCAGCAGAGGCGUCGGUCCUCCGAGCAGAUCUAACGGGCAUCCACGCGAUUCUUCGGCCAAGGGCGGCUCAGGCGACAGCGGAGGCUUCCGCUUCACCUUUCUCGACGGUUGUGGCGGCCCCGAAACCACCUGCGACGGCGCAUCCUCUCCUAGCCGCGAUGGCAGCCACAGAUCCAAUGGCGGCAUGAGGCAACUUCCGCAGCGGCAGCCCUCUCCUCACCGGAGCGCCCCUCUACUGGCCUCCACCCCGACCCCAUCGGUCAUAGUGGCCUCCACACUACCGGCGGUGGGGACACCGAGGUGCUUGAUGGAGAUCCGGUGCUAG